AUGGCGGCGGCCCCGCCGUGCUGCGCCGUGCGGGUGCGGGGAGCGCCGGGGGGCGCGGGCGGCGCGGGGCCCGGAGGCGGCUGCAGCGGGGUGGUGCUGAGCCGCCGGCCCGCGCUCGUGCUCUGCCCCGCCGCCCCCUUCGCGCCGUUCCUGCGCGCCGGCCCCGCCGCCUGGGAGAGCCCCGCGGCGCUGCCGCCCGGCGCGCUGCGGCCGGUCCCGCGGCCCCGAGUGCUGCUGCGCGGGGAGCACGGCCCGCCGCGGGAGCUCGGGGCGCGUUUGCUGGCGCUGGUGCCCUGCGCGCCCUUCCGGCGGGCGCUGGAGCGCGGCUUCGGGCGGGCCGAGCGGUGGCGGUUCGCGGCGGCGGCGGCGGAGGAGGAGGAGGAGGCCGGGGCGGACCCGCGGGCGCUGCCCUGGUUCGCCUGGCUGUGGGUGCCCGCGCUGGACGAGCCCGCGGGCGAGUGGGCGGCGCGGGGCAGCGCGGGCUGCCUGCGGAAGGGGCAGGCGCUGCUGGCCUGCGGGACCCCCUUCGGAGACGCGUGCCCCGAGCUGUUCCUGAACACGCUGAGCCGGGGGGUGGUCAGCAACCUGGCGGGCGAGGAGAACGCGCUGGUGCUCACGGACGCGCGCUGCCUGCCCGGCACCGAGGGCGGCGCCGCCUUCGUGCCCGCGCCCGGCGGGCCGCGCGUGGUGGCCGUGAUCGCCGCGUCCCUGUGCUGGAAGGGCGCCGAGUGGGUCGGGCUCACGCUGCUCUGCUCGCUCGCCGCCAUCCUGCGCAGCAGCGCCGCCGUGCUGGGCGAGGCCGGGGUCGCGGUGCCGCCCGUGCCCGCCUGGGUGGCUGCGGUGCCGGCGGGCAGCGGGCGGGACCCGCUGGGCUGGACGGCGCUGGUGGAGUGCGGGGCGACGUGGGGCUCCGGGGUGCUGCUGGCGCCGAGGAUGCUCCUCACCUGCCGGCACGUGGUGGAGGCCAGAACCCCGCUCCGUGUGACGCCCGCGGCUGGCCCUGGACGGGAUGCCGCAGUCCUCAGGGGACGCGUGGUGUUUGCCACCGAGGAGUCGUCCCCCUUUGACGUGGCGGUGGUGGAGCUGGAGGAGAGCGUACCAGGCUUCCUCCCCCCGUGCCCUGCAGACACCUUCUUCCCAGGAGAAGAGGUGAGCGUGGUGGGCUUCGGGGCGCUGGGGCGGGCGUGUGGCCCCUCGGUGACAGCGGGGAUCCUCUCGGCCAUGGUGGCAGUGGAGGGGCACCCUGUCAUGCUGCAGACCACCUGUGCCGUGCACGGGGGCUCCAGCGGCGGCCCCCUCAUCUCCUCCCGCAGCGGGUGCCUCAUGGGGAUCGUGGCCAGCAACACCCGGGACAACGGUGUGGGGGCCACCUACCCCCACCUCAACUUCUGCAUCCCCAUCACGGUCCUGCAGCCCCUCGUGGCGCGGUACCGCCGGACCCGCGACCCUGGCGCCUUCGCCGGGCUCAACCACGCGGCACAGGGGGUGCGGGCGGCCUGGAGGCUCCAGCAGCAGCCAGGACCCCCCAGCAAGCUCUGACCCCCCAUCCCAGGCGGCUUGUGCUGUGGACCGAGGUACCAGGACCAAGGUGCCAGGGAUGGAGCUGCCAUGGCCCCUGUUCAGUGCGGGGCCCGAGCGCCUGGACCCCGCGGAACCAGUGGAGGGUGGGCACUCUGGGGCAGGGGACACCACACAGUGCCUUUGCCAGCUGCUGACAGGCCCAAGAUGGGGAGAUUUGGGGUUUGUAUUGUUUUAGUGUCUCCCCAGAGCCAUAAAUGCUGUGAGUUGAG